AUGUCCUCAAGAGUAUUCCUAGUCACUGGCUGCUCGACCGGCUUCGGGUAUUACCUUGCUCAAGAGAUCAUCGACAAAGGUGAUAUCUGCAUCGCGACGGCGAGAAACCCAGGUCAACUCAAGUUUGAAAACACUAACGAGAAGAAUUUCCUCUCACUCAAGCUAGACGUCACAAAACAAGAGGAUAUUGAAAAUGCCUUCAGCAAAGCGCUGAAGCAUUUCAAUCGUGUUGAUAUCGUCGUCAACAAUGCCGGUUAUGGUUUGUCGGGUCCAUUUGAGGAAUUGGAUGAGCAGUCUGCCAGGACCCAGAUGGAGGUCAACUUCUUUGGUUUAAUUGCCGUGACGCGAAAAGCUAUGAGCGUUAUGCGGGAACAGAAGCCGCCAGGAGGACUCAUUCAGCAGGUUACUUCGAUCGGUGGCCAACGCGGUGUUCCGCUUUUUAGCAUUUACUGCGCGAGCAAGUGGGCGGUUGAAGGUUUCACCGAGGCAGUGAGCAAGGAAGUAAAGCCUGAAUGGGGCAUCAAGUUUCAGUGUGUCGAGCCGGGUGGCUUUAGAACCGAUUGGGCUGGUCGCUCGAUGAAAUUUCCGGAGAAGAAGCACCCGGCGUAUGAUCAUCUGGAUGCGGAAAAGAUGAUGGGAGAGCGCAACGGCACCCAAGCUGGUGACCCCAAGAAAGGUGGUCAGGCGAUGUACCAGCUUGCAAUCAUGAAAGAUCCUCCAUUGAGAAUGGUUAUUGGUAGUGAUGCAUACUCGGCCAUACAAGAAAAGCUCAAAUUGUAUGGGGAUAACUACGGUAGGGCGGACUUGAAAGAGCUAGCCAACAGUACCGACGUCGAAGGUUACAAGCGACCUCAAUAA